GCUUACACAGUAUGGCCGGCGACAUUAGCUAGCGCUCGCUCUACUCUCUGUAACGGGAAAGCAGCGGACUACAAGAGACUGAACUGUAUCUGCCUCUAUUUCCAACAGACUCACAUUCAACUUUCGCUCACACACACAAAGCCGGGAAAAUUUUAUUAAUCCUUUUUUUAAAAAAUUUAAUAUAAAAUUAUAGCAAAAAAAGGAACCUGAACUUUAGUAACAGCUGAAACAAUCCGCAGCGGCGGCGGCAGCGGCGGGAGAAGAGAUUUAAUUUAGUUGAUUUUCUGUGGUUGUUGGUUGUUCGCAGUCUCACAGUGAUGGAAGCUGCACAUUUUUUCGAAGGGACCGAGAAGCUGCUGGAGGUUUGGUUCUCCCGGCAGCAACCCGACGCAAACCAAGGAUCUGGGGAUCUUCGCACUAUCCCGAGAUCUGAAUGGGAUAUACUUUUGAAGGAUGUGCAAUGUUCAAUCAUAAGUGUGACAAAAACUGACAAGCAGGAAGCUUAUGUACUCAGUGAGAGUAGCAUGUUUGUCUCCAAGAGACGUUUCAUUUUGAAGACAUGUGGUACCACCCUCUUGCUGAAAGCACUGGUUCCCCUGUUGAAGCUUGCUAGGGAUUACAGUGGGUUUGACUCAAUUCAAAGCUUCUUUUAUUCUCGUAAGAAUUUCAUGAAGCCUUCUCAUCAAGGAUACCCACACCGGAAUUUCCAGGAAGAAAUAGAAUUUCUUAAUGCAAUUUUCCCAAAUGGAGCAGCAUAUUGUAUGGGACGUAUGAAUUCUGACUGUUGGUACUUGUAUACUCUGGAUUUCCCAGAGAGUCGGGUAAUAAGUCAGCCAGAUCAAACCCUGGAAAUUUUGAUGAGUGAGCUUGACCCAGCAGUUAUGGACCAGUUCUACAUGAAAGAUGGUGUUACUGCAAAGGAUGUCACUCGUGAGAGUGGAAUUUGUGACCUGAUACCAGGUUCUGUCAUUGAUGCCACACUGUUCAAUCCUUGUGGGUAUUCAAUGAAUGGAAUGAAAUCGGAUGGAACUUAUUGGACUAUUCACAUCACUCCAGAACCAGAAUUUUCUUAUGUUAGCUUUGAAACAAACUUAAGUCAGACCUCUUAUGAUGACCUGAUCAGGAAAGUUGUGGAAGUCUUCAAGCCAGGAAAAUUUGUGACCACCUUGUUUGUUAAUCAGAGUUCUAAAUGUCGCACAGUGCUGUCAUCACCCCAGAAGAUGGAAGGUUUUAAACGUCUUGAUUGCCAGAGUGCUAUGUUCAAUGAUUACAAUUUCGUUUUUACCAGUUUUGCCAAGAAGCAGCAACAACAGCAGAGUUGAUUAAGAAAAAUGAAGAAAAAACGCAAAAAGAGAACAAACAUAGAAGGUGGUGGCUGCUUUAUAGAUGAUGAUACUGGGGGCCAUGCUUUCCAUAACCACCACCUUGUAGUUGCAGAAAGCCCUAGAUGUAAUGAUAAUGAUAGUGUAAUCAUUUUGAAGUGUAUGCAUUAUUAUAUCAAGGAGUUAGAUAUCUUGCAUGAAUGCUCUCUUCUGUGUUUAGAUAUUCUAUGCCACUCUUGCUGUGAAAUUGAAGUGCAUGUAGAAAAAAACUUUUACUGUAUGAAACUUUACAACACUUGUGAAAACAAUUCAAUUUGGUUUAUGCACAGUGUAAUAUUUCUGCAGGUAUCGUCCAAAAUUCCCCACAGACAAGGCUUUCGUCCUCAUUAGGUGUUGGCCUCAGCCUAACCAUCUGGGACUGUUCUAUUAUAUUGCUGCCAGAAUUUUACAUCCAAUUACCUCCACUUUCUAGAACAUAUUCUCUACUAAUGUUAUUGAAUCCAGUUUCUACUUCAUACAGAUGUUUUUUGCAACAGCAAUUAAAUUUUUCUUUCACAAGACAAGUCCUUAAAAUGAUUCCAGUUACUCAUUUUGUGUAUUUACUAUUUUAAUAAUUGUUUCUGCAUUUGUAGUCUUUUGAUUUUUUUUUUUUUCCCCUCAACCUGGUGUCUUCCCCUCUAGCCCCACAAAUGAAGCAAUAAACUUACACUGUGGGUUUAUAUACUAAUCUUAUAUCCCAGGUGAGGAAAAGUCUCCGGGUUUAAUUUUCUUUUAAGGGCAUAUUAAUUUGGCCUCCUUUUUAAUGGCAUGGGCUCUUUUGGAAGGUAAGUGACAAAAUUAAAUAUUUCUCACAAAAGAAUUUUAAGCAUCUCCAAUAUUGACUGGCAAGAAGGACAUGUAGAGUUAUAGAUUUGGGUAUGCUAACUAAACUGUACACCCCCUGUUAUGCUAUGCUCUUUGAUAAAUGAGAUUAGCUUCAAACAGAGUACCAUGCCUUUACUAACUUGCUAAGUAGUGAUCUAAAAGGAUUUUUAUCACUAAGUAGAUAAGUAGGGAGAUUUAGUAUAUAGGUUGUCUUGGAUUCAUUAAAUCCUGUCAACUUGGAUCAUCCACCUUAACUUUUACUUUUAGUAGUCAUUGCCACUAAUUUCCUUUAAUAGUGUAUUAUAAACUUUGGUUCAAAGCAGAUCAGUGGUUUUCCAUCUUAAGACUUAAAAGUUAUGUGAUUGAUUAACUUGUUCUGACUUCAUCUGUUCCCUUAAUAUCUUCCUCCUUCCAUGGUAUUCACAAGAUAAAAUGAAUAACUGCCCAGAAUGAAAAUUGUACAUGUUAUUCAGAUAUUCCCAUGUGUAGCAGAAUGUAUGGAUGGAUUUUUUUAAAUUAAAAUUUAAAAAUAUUCAUUGAGAAAUGACAAGUAAUACAGGCUUUCAAGAGUUGUGAUCUUUUAUCUAUAUUUGCAAAUACUAUGGUAUUUAAGCAACUGAGAACAGCAAAAUUGACUAUUUUGUAUUUCUUGAACUCAAUAUUUUCUUGAUAAUUUCUGGAUUGAUGCAGUGAUGCUUUGUUCCUUCCGUAGUUAUAAACGAAAAGCAUUUUUUCAGUGUUUCUCAACAAAAUCUGCUUGGUUUGAAAUCAAGUGGUUGGAACACUGUUUUGACUUAUAUCUCAAGCAUGCUGUUGAUCGAAUGUUUCAUUGAGGAAGCUUUCAAUCAACUCGAUCUGUUUAAUUCCUAAUGAGCACAGCACGUAAUGUUUUGACUUGCUCUGUUGUGAGAACCUAUACUCAAGGGUGGAUUUUUGUUUUGGAGCAGUAUCAGUGGAUUGGUAAUGUUUGUUGGCUUUGAGGUCUAAUUUUUAUUUAAAAUUUUUUUUUCUUUCCCCUAAUAGUCUUAAGACUUCUAAUGUUGAAAACUUGGCACAAAUUUGUGUGGAACAAAGCCUUUUAAAAAUGAAAACUGUAGAUUGAAUAGGAUCUAUCCUAGUGUGAUAGAAGAGGGAAAAUUUUGGUGCCAUAAUUUCUCUCUUCAUUAGUGUUGACUUAAAUCAGUUGAAAUGUAUAUCUGUAUCACAAUUUAAGCUUCAAUAAAAGUUUGCUUACUUAA